GCGCCUACGUUCCUGGCGACGCGGUGCAGUACGCGCACGAGUGUCCGCAAGAUGUUUUAUUUAUGCUCCUGUCGCGAUUUUCAUUGUGAGUCACAUCGACGCGACGUGGUGGUGGACGGCGUACAUUGAGGACCUUUCUACCGCGACAUUAUUUAUCAUCUCAGUUAUGGCAACUCGUAAUGACCUAUGGAGGGUGGAGGUGCGUCAGGCGAGGCAGAGAUGGGUGGACCGCACAAUGCGCAGCAGGCAGGUGCCAGCAAAAAAUUGCAACAGACGCAGGCGACGGUGGAUGAAGUCGUGGGUAUAAUGAAGGUGAACGUGGAAAAGGUGCUGGAGCGGGAUCAGAAGCUGUCGGAGCUGGAGAAUCGCGCGGACGCGUUGCAGCAGGGCGCGACACAGUUUGAGCAACACGCUGGCAAGUUGAAGCGAAAGUACUGGUGGAAGAAUCUCAAAAUGAUUAUUAUCAUUGGCAUCAUAUGUGUCAUAAUUUUAAUCAUCAUUAUUGCCUCGGUCGUACCGAGCUCGUCUUCGGAUAACUCCACCGACAGUCCGCCGAAAUGAUAGCGUUGUACCAAAGGGAAAAUAUCGCGUUGUUUCAAUCAACACUACAUUCUCUCUCCUAGAAUAAGUUAUAUAUUGGGUGAAGUACGUAGGCAUACAUGGGGGAGACGGGAACGGCAGAUUCCGAAUUGUAAUAUUUUAUAACGUCGUCCAUAUCGUAAAAUUGAGAGGAAUGAAUAUAUAUAUUUUUGAGAUUACAUCGAAAUACGCACAAUUAUUAGACUAGCAACCAGUAUUAAUGUAAUGGGUGGCCUUCCUUUUUAAAAAGCGUCCAAUGAUGUUAACUUUGUUGCAAUGAUGCUUAUUAUAAAUUUAUUGAUGAUAUAUAAUAUAUGUAAUGUUUGUACUCUUG